AUGGCGCGCCCAGUGCUUGUUCCUGCGCUUGCAGCGCUGGCGGCGGUCUACAGCUUUGCCAGCUUCGCCUUCGUGGGCACGCCGAGCACGCCCCGCGACCUGAGCCGCGUGCCGGCGCGCGUGAGCGCGGAGUACUUGGAGCGCCUCGGACCCAAGGAUUCCGAUGUGCCCUUCGACGGCACGUCGGCGACUGGCCCGGGCGCCGCCGUGGAGUUCAAGAAGAGGCCCUUUGGCAUCCUGCGCUACCAGCCAGGCAACGGCAUGAAGGGUGCCAUGGCCAUGGAGAUCAUCCCCAAGAGCCGCUACCCGGGCGACCCCCAGGGCCAGGCCUUUGCCUCAGGCGUGCAGAGCGGCUGGGUGGUGGCCUCCAUCAACGGCCAGAACGUGCUGAGCGAGGACUUCGGCAAGAUCAUGGACUUGCUGGACGAUGAGGUGGCGGACCCGCGAUUCUCCAAGUCCACCGCCCUGGCAUUGGAGAAGCAGGGCGGACGCAUGGCGGAGCCUGCGGCGGCACCUCUGCAGGUGACCUUCGCUUCCAUCCCAGGGUAUGUCUACAAGGGCGCUGAGCUCAAGGAGGACGGCCAGGACGGCUUCGCGCGCUGA